AUGGUGACCAACAUAGUGGCCAACACAGUGACCAACAUAGUGACCAACAUAGUGACCAACAUUGUGACCAACAUAGUGACCAAAAUAGAGGCCAACACAGGGACCAACAUUGUGACUAACACAAUGACCAACAUAGAGGCCAACAUAGUGGCCAACAUAGUGACCAACAUUUUGACCAACAUAGUGACCAACAUAGUGACCAACAUUGUGACCAACAUUGUGACCAACAUAGAGGCCAACAUAGUGGCCAACAUAGUGACCAACAUUGUGACCAACAUAGAGGCCAACAUAGUGGCCAACAUAGUGGCCAUCAUAGUGGCCAACACGGUGACCAACAUAGUGACCAACACAGGGACCAAAAUUGUUACCAACAAAAUGACUAAGAUAGAGGCCAACAUAGUGACCAACAUAGUGACCAACAUAGUGACCAACAUAGAGGCCAACACAGGGACCAACAUUGUAACCAACAAAAUGACCAAGAUAGAGGCCAACUUAUCGGCCAACAUAGUUGCCAACAUAGUGACCAACAUAGUGGCCAACACAGUGACGAACAUAUAG